CAGAGCUCCGUGUUUACCGGAGCUUCCAGCGGCGUCAGCAGCGACCUCGGGGGGGAUGGUGGCCGGUUAGAUCGCCAGGACCCGGUUGAAGGAUUCUCUGGUUAUUAUCGUCAGUUCUUGCUCGUGAUAAUGAAUCUCCUGCCGUCCAACCCUCACGGGAACGGGCUCCUGUACGCCGGAUUCAACCAGGACCACGGAUGCUUCGCCUGUGGGAUGGAAAAUGGAUUUCGAGUAUACAACACAGAUCCUCUCAAGGAAAAAGAGAAGCAAGGUAACAAGACACCAACGCCUGAUCCAGCAGCGACAAAGUUCCUGGAGGGCGGGGUCGGCCACGUGGAGAUGCUGUUCAGGUGUAACUACCUAGCGCUGGUGGGAGGAGGGAAGAAACCCAAGUACCCCACUAAUAAAGUGAUGAUCUGGGACGACCUGAAGAAGAAGACGGUCAUCGAGAUCGAGUUCUCAACAGAAGUCAAAGCGGUGAAGCUUCGGCGUGACAGGAUCGUGGUGGUUCUGGACUCGAUGAUCAAAGUGUUCACCUUUACACACAACCCCCAUCAGCUGCACGUGUUUGAGACCUGCUAUAACCCCAAAGGUCUCUGUGUGCUGUGUCCCAACAGCAACAACUCUCUGCUGGCUUUUCCUGGGACCCACUCGGGCCACGUGCAGAUAGUGGACCUGGCCAACACAGAAAAGCCUCCGGUCGACAUUCCCGCCCACGAAGGGGCGCUGUGCUGCAUCGCCCUCAACCUGCAGGGCACCAGAAUAGCCACGGCGUCGGAGAAGGGGACUCUCAUCAGGAUCUUCGACACGUCGGCAGGUCAACUCAUACAGGAGCUGAGACGAGGUUCUCAGGCAGCUAACAUCUACUGCAUCAAUUUUAACCAGGAUGCAUCCCUCAUCUGCGUGUCCAGCGACCACGGCACCGUGCACAUCUUUGCAGCCGAAGACCCCAAAAGGAACAAGCAGUCAAGCUUAGCGUCGGCCAGCUUCCUCCCCAAAUACUUCAGCUCCAAGUGGAGCUUCUCCAAGUUCCAGGUUCCGUCGGGUUCUCCAUGUGUGUGUGCCUUCGGAACAGAACCCAACGCCGUCAUAGCCAUUUGUGCUGACGGCAGCUACUACAAGUUCCUGUUCAACCAAAAGGGGGAGUGCUCCAGAGACGUGUACGCCCAGUUCCUGGAGAUGACCGAUGACAAAAUAUGACCCCAGAGCUCUGCAGACGUCCUGCCGAGCAACCCAUCUUCAUUUCUCUUGACUCUCGUUUGAUUUAAGGAGGUAGGGGAGAUCCCACGUUGCACUCCGCCUAAUUUGACAGACUCGUUGAAAAAAGGAGCAGCAGAUCAAGGGAGGACGAAGGCGGAGCAGCACAGACUUCUGGGAAGGGAACUGCAUGGACGGCUCUUACGUCUCCGGACAGAUGGACACACGUGCGGACUUUACUCCCAAAACAAACACUACAAGAAAAAGAGGGGAAAAAGUUAUUUUUUUGAAAGUACAACUUGCCGCUUUUUAAGAUGUCUUCCGAGGAGUUUACAGAGAAUGGCUAUUUUUAAUCACCUGGUUGAUUCUGAUGGUUAGACUAAUUGAAAAUAGAGAUUUUUGUCGACUAACACCACCUAACCUAAUGAUAGGGAGUGCCUCUCAGACUGUACGUGUGCACAUAUUAUUGCUGUCAGAUAUAUUUACAUACAUGUGCUCGUGUAUAUGACUGUACCAUAACAGGUGUUUACAAAGCAGGAUCCCAGCCCCCCCCCAUCCCCUCACGGUAACUUCAGGAGCAUCGAUGCGGACUCUGGUCCUGCUUUGUGAGGCGUCACCUAAGUAUUAAUAGAUUUUCUUAGUGUAUAUAGUCAACUCACCAGACUGAAGUUGUAAUCUCUCAGAAUAGUAAUGAAAGAAAAAAAGAAAUUACACACGUUUGUUUCUCUCGUCAUCUUUCACUCGUCCCUAUAAGUUUUGUUAAAAGCUCGUAAAGGUCAAGUGACUUAAAUGAAGGUUUGAGAAAGGUGUCACGCUUUGACAAAUACCGACGUUGCAGUGUUGGACAGGGGAAAAAAAACUAAACGCAGUCGCCAUCGUGAGUGUAGAGCAAAUUAAAACACUUGGCUGUGCCUGAAGGAAACAAAAUCUGCCCUCAAGCACUUCUGAGGUUCACACUAGUGCUCAACUAAGAGGGGAAAAAAAAUCACUCACUGACGUGAAUUAUUUAUAUAUUGAACAAACAUCACAUACUUGGGAUUAAAGGUGGACUUGCACAGUCUGUUUCCUCACACUGGCAAACUCCCGUUCCCAGAAGUCACUUUUUUUUAGCAAUACCAAUUCUGACCACAUCACAAUAAUGUUCUUACUUACACACAACAAAGUGGUACAACAAGACGUGCUGGACCGUCCCCACUCAUUAGCACAGAAAUAUUAAUGACUCGUCAACACAGCAGAUCAAAAUGCCCCCAUGUGGUCAGAAGCGGUACUGCUACAUAGCCUGGCUUUAACAGGUCCAAACAUAAUGUAUGUAAUUUGUGAUCAGAUAACUUGAUUUCUUUUCAGCUUUGAUCAGGUGUAAAAAAUAUCUCCAUAUUUCAUGUCAAGUAUAAAUGAGGAGAAUAACGGCGUCUGAGGGGCUCUGCACUCACUGCUGGACGGCUUCACGACCACGUUGUUUUUGGUAAAUGUGUACUUCCUGUCUGUUGGUGCAUCUCUGUCAAAUACAACCUUGCCAGCUCAGCGAAUGCAUCAGGGACUCUUAAGUGCUUUGUUGAACCCCCGCGGCCACCGAUGGGAGAAGUUUGCGUGAGUGGAUCCAACACAGCGGAACCGACACACGCAAAGCUGUCAUGUUGGGUUUUUAUUUGUCAACUGAGCUUGAUGGUUGAUCCACCGCUUCACCUGUCGUUUGUGUUGCUUUCUGCAUCAGAUUGUACUCUUGCAGCCAUCACUCGGAGCGAAUGGGGCACCGGUCACAGGAGGGAUGCUGCACAAACCCAAAACUAAGCCAACUGCUUUCUGACUCACUCAGACUGAUUGUAAAAACCUGCAUUUAAAAUUUGUGAAUAAAAUUUAAAAUUUGCUUUUCCA